CCAAAAAGCCGGUAGGUAGGUAGUUUGUUCGAAACUAAUUUUUCUUUGUUAAUGUUUAAUUAAUACUAUAAUUAUUGCAAUCAGAAUAUCAUAGCUAUGUCUAAACGCAACAGUACAGCACAAGCAAAUACGCUAUUCAGUUACUUCACUAAAACACCACCUAGUAAUAAAAAGCCAAAACCCAACGAAGAAAAGACGAAGUUAAUAUCCUCAGAGAUAGGCGAACAAGAAUGUAAAACUGAAACUAAGAAACGGGAAAGAACACCUUCACCAGAUGUAAGUAAAGAAACAUAUCAUGAUGAUUCUGAUGGUUCUCCCAUUGCUCCUAAAAAGAAGAAGAGGGUUCGCCUAAACCCCUUGGACUCAGAUGAUUCUGAUGCUGAAAAUAAAGUAGACAAUAAAAACCCUUCACCAAAACAGAAAACAACAUUUGAGAAGAAAUUACAAGACAGUUUUAAAUAUGAACCAGGCCAAUCUCCAAAAGGCAGUAAGAAUAAGAAAAAGGAAAAUGAUAAUGUAGCUCCAACUAAGUCUGAACCACAAGAAACAUCAACUACUGAUGAUGGUGACUGGACACAUUGCAAAUUAGACUGGCUGAAACCAGAUAAGAUAAGAGAUGCUCAGAAAAGGCGGCCAGAUGACCCGGAGUAUGAUCCAACUACACUGUAUGUCCCUCAGGAAUUUAUGAAGAAGCAAACACCAGCACACAGACAGUGGUGGGAGUUGAAGUCGGCUCACUAUGAUUGUGUUCUUUUCUUCAAAGUUGGUAAAUUCUACGAGUUGUAUCACAUGGAUGCUGCUGUUGGUGUUAAUGAGCUUGGAUUUUCUUAUAUGAAGGGUGAAUUCGCUCACUCUGGCUUCCCGGAAAGUGCGUAUGCGAGAAUGGCAUCAACUCUUGUGUCUAAAGGAUAUAAAGUGGCGCGCGUUGAACAAACGGAGACGCCUGAAAUGAUGCAGGAUAGGUGUAAGAAAGAAAACUUAAAGAGCAAGAACGACAAAGUGGUGCGUCGCGAGAUAUGCCAAGUGUCAGUUCGUGGGGCGCAAGUAUGCGGUCUGCAAGAUAAUGGACCUGCGGAGUCUACUUCACCAUACUUAAUGGCUUUAGCUGAAGAGGAAUCAAAUGGUUGCAGUACAUACGGCGUGUGUUUCGUGGACACGUCAAUAGGGCUGUUCCACAUGGGCCAGUUCAAAGAUGAUAAGCAUUCGUCUAGAUUGCUCACUACGCUGGCACAUUUUCCACCUGCUUUGAUAGUCUACGACCGCAAAUCAUGUACCGCCCGUACAAGCAAAUUAAUAUCCACACACUGUCAUAGCGCAAGGCGGGAGGCACAAAACAUGGCGCCUCCGGAGAAAAUAUUAAAAACAUUAGCGGAGGAACAUUAUAAAACUAAUGAUAAUGGGGAAUGGCCGGAGGGACUGAAACCUUUUUUGUAUGAAGGUGAUGUACUAGGCCUGACUCCAGCCAGUAAUAAGUACUUAGCUAUUAAAGCACUUGGUGGCUGUGUUGCAUUCCUGUCAGAUUGCCUGCUGGAUAUUCAGAUAUUGGGAAUGGCCCAAUAUUCUGAAUACACGCCUCCAGACGUGUUAAAUACAACAAUAUGUGAAAAGGAAAAUAAUAAAUGGACCGGAGGUAGUACUAUGGUGUUAGAUGCUAUUACAUUGAGAAAUCUUAGAAUUGUCCAAGAUGAGGGUUGUUUGUAUGAUAAACUGAAUUUCUGCUCCACACCUAUGGGAAAACGAUUAUUAUACCAAUGGGUAUGUUCGCCAAGUAGUGAUUUAACAGUGAUCAAGGAACGACAAGAGGCCGUUAAAACUUUGAUGGAAAACCAAGAUGUCUGUCAGGAAGUUAAGAGCAUAUUAACAGCUUUACCUGACUUGGAGAGAUUGUUGGCCAAGGUUCACGCAUUAGGCAAUUUGAAGAAAUCAAAACAACAUCCUGAUUCCCGCGCAAUUCUCUACGAAGAGAAGACAUAUUCAAAGCGGAAAGUUCUAGACUUCAUAUCCAUAUUAAAUGGUUUUACUGCGGCUCUAAAGUUAUCUUCAAUGCUCGCCGAUUUGGACUCUGUGUUGUUGAAGAGAAUAUCCCAGUUCAGUCCGGAAGGAAAGUUCCCGGAUUAUCGCGAUACAUUGAAAUUCUUUAAGGAAUCAUUUAACCACGCGCAAGCUGAAAAAGAAGGUAUAAUUUUACCCGGUGCUGGCGUGGACCAAGAGUACGACAACACUUUGCAACUCAUACAAGAGAUAGAGGAAGAGCUAAAAGAGUAUCUUGUUGAACAGGAGAAAUAUUUCAAGUGCAGAAUCACAUACAUAGGAACGGACAAAAAGCGCUAUCAACUAGAAAUACCCCAAAAUGCCGCGUCCAAAGCUGGUCCGGAUUAUCAUUUUGAAAGUGCUCGGAAAGGAUACAAGAGGUUCUCUACUGACGAAACUAAGGAAUAUCUAGCACGCAUGAUAGCCGCAGAGGAACAAAAACGCAACGUGCUCAAAGACCUCAGCCGCAGGAUAUUCGAGAAGUUCUCAAGUCACUACAACCAGUGGUCGAUGGCAGUACAAUGUUUAUCCAUACUAGAUGUACUGUUGGCUUUCACUGAGUUCGCGAGGCAACAGAGCGGGGAUGUUUGCUUGCCGAACGUCACUUUUGAUGCUGAUAAACAGCCCUACAUAAAUAUAACAGAAGGUCGGCACCCCUGCAUUCCCAUAAUAACUGACUUCAUUCCAAACGACACAGUACUGGGACAAGAUGGCGCCAGUCUAUUGUUAUUAACUGGUCCAAAUAUGGGCGGGAAAUCCACGCUUAUGAGACAAGUCGGGUUGAUCACUGUUUUGGCGCAUUUGGGUAGCUACGUACCAGCGCAAGAGUGUGAGCUAUCCCUCGUGGAUCGCAUUUUCACCCGUCUCGGAGCAUCAGAUGACAUUUUAUCUGGACAGUCCACUUUCCUUGUGGAAAUGAACGAGACGGCUGCUAUCGUUAAACAUGCUACUGUGCAUUCCUUGGUGUUACUUGAUGAAUUGGGUCGCGGUACGAGCACGUACGACGGCACAGCAAUAGCCAGCGGCGUGUGCGUCGAGUUAGCGGAACGUUCCUGCCGCGUGAUAUUCUCCACGCACUACCACACGCUCGUGCAGCACCUCGCCGCACACUCGCACGUGCGCCUCGCACACAUGGCAUGCAUGGUUGAAACGGAAGACACGAGCGACGAGGACCAAAUCCCGGAAGAAACAAUAACGUUCCUAUACAAACUAUCUCCCGGAGCUUGUCCAAAGUCCUAUGGCUUCAAUGCAGCAAGAUUAGCCGGAGUCCCAAGUGAUAUAACCCGCAGAGCUAGAAGUAUUGCUAACGAAUUGGAGAGAGAAGCAACAGUGGUCAGAGCAUUCAAGGAAGUUAUGAAAAUGGGCCCCGGGGUCAGGGAAAUGCUCGCUGGCUUGACUAUUUAGGAAGAUUUGGCUUGUAACGGAAUUAAAAAUGAAAAUAUACAGAAAUAUGUACUGUGUGAUGUUGGAAUAAAGUUGUAUUUAAAUUUUAAAAUGUAAAAUAAUCACUCUAUGCAUUACUGAAUAGAAAAAACACAUUUCUGUACUUGGUUGAAUUAUUAAAAUGUGAUACAAUAGUGCAAAGCAAGCAAAAUGAUACGUAAUUUCUCAUACAGGUUUUGAUUGUACGUCUGUUAUAUUGUUAAAACAAUAAAAAAAAACUUACAUUUAAGUGUUUAAGUUGGCUGGUUGAUUAUUUGUAAUUUCAUGU